GUGUCAUCAGUGUGUCAUCAGCACAAAAUAUCCCCCUUGGGUAAGUUCUGUGGUCAUCAGCUGGAACAUAACAAAACAAAUUGUUUAGAAACCUAAAAAACAGUUAAUAUUCUGCAACAGUUGCAUAUAUCAAUAUUGAGCAGCGCUUUAGGCAACUGCCACCCAUAGACAGAAUGCAAGAUGAGGAAGAGACGCCCCAAGGCAGCGAAAACCCAGGCCUAUUGAAGCCAGAGGAACUGCUAAUCAAUUGCAUAGAUAUUUCAGUAUGUGAGUCGGAAAAACGCAAUAAUGGGGCGCUGAACAUCCGAGAACACUAUACCGUAUACUUAAUUGAAACCAAAUUGCUGAAUCCAUCCUUUGAACACAUGCUGUGCGCGCAUUCCACUAUAUGGCGAAGAUAUACGGAAUUUGAGCAAUUGCGUAGCUACUUGGAGAUUAGUUACCCGUAUAUUGUUCUACCCCCGCUGCCUGAGAAGCAGGUGAUGUUUGGAUGGCAGAAAAUCUCAAACGACACUUUUGAUCCCAAUUUCAUUGAUCGUCGACGAGCCGGCUUGGAAAACUUCCUGCUUCGAGUGGCUUCGCAUCCUUUACUUAGCUGGGACAAACACUUUUUGGAGUUUUUGCAAAACGAGGAGGGUUGGCGGGAAUCCUACAAAGCUAAUGGCUACAUGCAGUUGGUUGAGAGCAAGCUGCGCUCGCUCAGCGUUUCAAUUAGACUGAAGAGAAACAACGCCCAUUUUGAGGCGAUUAAAGACGCAAAUGUCGAACUGCACGCGGCGCUGAGUAGUCUACUAAAGGCCAGAUGCCGGGUAGCUGAAAAAGAGUAUGCCGUCCAUAAACUACACGCGAAUUAUGGCCGAGUGUUCAGCGAGUGGAGCGCGAAUGAGAAGGAAAUGGGCGAUGCUCUUCAGAAAACCGGCCACUACUUGGAUUCGUUAGCUUCCUCCAUAGACUCAGCACUGGAGGAUGAAGAACUGCUGGCCGACCAGUUAAAGGAAUACUUGUUCUACGCCCAGUCUGUACAGAACGUUUGCAAGAAUCGCGAAGUCUUGCAGCUGAAACUGGAGGAUUCUGAAGAGAACAUUGCCAACAAGAACACUGAGCGUUCAAAGGUGCAACAGGGAAAAUUGGGGAUCAUGUCACGGCUGUUCGGUAGCGUGGACACUGAUGAAGUUCGCGAGUUGAAAGUCAGCGAACUUGAUCAGCAGAUUCAGGACGGAACUGUCGCGGCCGAUAAUCACAGAGAUAGUCUCAACGAAUUUACCAUUAAGUCAUUUGCCGAUUACGAGCGGUUCCAAAAGCAGCGAGUGGCAGAUUUACGGGAAACGCUAAGCAACUACGCAUUUUUGCAGUUGAAGACCGCUAAGAAGGGGUUGCAAAGCUGGAUCCAGAUCAGAGAGUGUCUUCAAAAUAUUUCAUAAUUCCAAUUAUACUUUACCGCAAUCAACAAACGGGCUUGGGUACUUGAUCGUGCAACAGACUGAUGAUACAGAUUGUUCAUUCCAUUAAAAGCCCUUGAUUAUUAGGGGGCUUAAGGUGAUAUCCAUCAGUACUAGUCACUAAGUUUUCCGGGUUAACUUUACAUUAAGUUUCACAUUUUUAUUUAGUUUGUUAAAUAUAUAUUGUUGCCCAUUG